AAAACAACUUUUGUGAGUUCGCUGCUCAUUUUAUUUCCAAAUUUGAUCGUACCUACUCCAACAAGAUUGAUGGUGAUAUACUCCUGAUUAUGCCAAAAGUAACGGAUCAUUAGAAGCUUUUGACAUGGAAAUUAGAGAAGAACGUCCCUUUUUCAUCAGACAUUUUACUUCGAUUACUCGAAUCGUUGGCCUGUUUACCAGCGCAGCCCUCUGGUGGACAGGUGUAUUUCUGGCUGACCAAGAUGACAAAAGGGUAGCUGCAUACCUUAUGAUAUGUGGUUUUGCUGUUACUUUUUUUGAGAUAACAUUUAUUUUGGACAAGUGUGCUUGUUGUGGGGAAGGGAGUUGUGGCCAGGCUUUGUGGAAGUAUGUACUAGCUGUUGAUAACUGGAAGAAAUCACUAAUUUAUACUUCAUUGUCUGUCAUGUGCUACUUGCAUCCCAAGGAGUUCUGGCAAGCUGUAAUUGCUGGGGUUUUACUGGAUUUUACAGCAUUGCUAUAUCUCAUAAGAACUUUCAGAACCAAAAAUGCACUUGAACCCUAUAGAUAUAAACAACUAGAAGUUAGAUAAUAAUUAUUUGUCUCAAAUCAAGCACAUUCAUUUGAAAUGAGGCAUCAAAGUUGCAUUACAUUUAAUUACAUAGUAUUUAAUACCAUUAAGUAUCAUUGCAAGGCAGUUUGGCCUUGAGGCAAAGACUGCCUUCAACAAAUAACACAAUCAAUGUAAUCAAGUAACAGAUGUCUAUGAAAUGAAGUGUAUUUUCAUAGGGAAUAUUAUUUAUUAAAUGCUUUCAAUGCUUAAGCUUUGGAGAAAUGAAAACGUUCAUUGAGCUAAUACUCUUGACUCAAGAAUUAUUAGACAUUUUAAUCCCAUUUACCAAUGUUACACUUAACAUUACACACAUAGGCAUACAAGAUAUUCAUUUCAAAAAACAAAUAUCUCAUAUAAUAUGUAUAAUAUAUACUUCCAAACAAGAUCCUUAUAUUUCACCCAGAUUUUACUUUGCUAAGAAGAAAUAGACCUGAAGCACAUGAAUCUA